AUGUCGACAGCUGAGACGAUCAACGAACAAUACAACGAAGAGUACAACGAAGAGUACAACGAGAAAGAUUUAAAAGGGAUCAGUGCUCGUUCCUAUCGCGUACUGGAAGUCGAGAACGAGAAAUGUCGGCAGGAGAUAUACGAUCUAAAACGCAAAUUGGAAUUAAACGAAGCGAUGCUUCGGGAAGUUCAAGAGAUGAACGAAUUACUUGAGCACUCUCUCGAUCGACGAGUUUCAGAGAAAGAGAAAAUGAUUUUUGAAGCAAAAGAGAAACAUCGCGUCGCUACGAAAGAAUACGAAAACACAAUUGCAAAUUUGGAAACGAACUUGGCGAAACGGGCGACGGAAAUUGAAGAAUUGCGUCAACAGAUUAAUCAACAGAAAGAAACAGAAUGUGCGCAAACUGUAAAUCAAUUGGCGAAUCUUUCCCUGGAAGCAGACAAUACCGCUCUGAAACAACGCAUUGAUCAACUCAUGAUGCUUCUACACGAAGAAAAACAAAGAUCUGAUUGUGCCGAAAGUACGAUUCAUGAACUAAAAGCACAAUGCAAUGAAUUCGAACACAUUAUUCAGAAUAUCAAGGAACAAUUGAACGAGAAAAGUACAGCUCUAGAAGGUGCUCUGGAAGAACUUGCACUGAGACACGCAGAAGCAGGAUCCCUGGAUACGAAUCCUACAAGUGAUUCAUCUAAAGGCAAUUCACUUUUUGCUGAAAUAGAGGAUCGCAGACGAGACACAGUAAAUAAAAUGAAUACAUUACACCAUAAGUACACUGAAGUAAAACGUACUUGUACAUUACAACUAGCAGAGAUCAAAAUGUUAAGAAGAGAACGAAUCGCGAUGCUUCGAAAAUGGGAAAAUGACGCGGGAAAUGCCGUAGUGGAAACCGACGACUUAAUACAGAAAUAUAAAAACAGAGUGUCGGAUCUUGAAAGAAAACUUAAAUCAGAAAUCAACAAAUGUCAUGAACCUGCCCCAGAAAACCUUGAUUGUUCAUCAUUCGGGUACUUUCAAUCGUUAUUAUUCGCUAACAAGAAGGCGGACGAACUUCGUAUAAAAGUAGAAGACCUUUCCACACAAUUGUUAGUACAACAAGAGGCAAAACUGAAUAUUAGUAAACAAUUACAACGUUCGCAAUGUAAAGUUUCAUCAUUAGAGACCCAGAUGUAUGCUUUACGAAGUAAAUUAAAAUUGGACCUUGAGGAUAAUGCAAAUACUAAAAUACACUUAGAAGAGUUACAAGAUUUCACUUGUGCACGUAAUAAUGAUGUAAUGACUGCAGAAACUGAAUUAGUUGCUAAACAACGAUCGGAAGAUGCGAUUUUUACACCUCAGAAUAAUAAGGAUUGCAAACUUGCGGAUCUAUCGAAGACAGAAGAAAUUAUUAAUCACGAAACUGUCGUCGAGGAAGCUACUAUUACAUCGAGAGAGCCAUGUGAAAUUAAUCGUAUUAGAAAUGCUACUAAAGAUAAAAAUAAAUUUUCCAAAAAGACUGCACAAUUUAGCAAAAAUGUUGUCUACAUACCAACAGACAGUAAUACAUGACAAAAGUGCUAUUUAAUUUUUUUACAAGUCUAUUACUUAUGAUUAAAUAAGCCUAUUUGUAUGAUAUUAAUAUAACUACCAGCAUCACCACAUCGUUCAUUACCUAACACAUAGUAAUAAAAUUAAUAAU